AUGCUGGCGGUGGGGCAGAUGGACGGCAGCCCCCGGCAGAGCGCCUUCCUGCUCGGCAGCCCGCCCCUGGCCGCCCUGCACAGCAUGGCCGAGAUGAAGACCCCGCUGUACCCGGCGUACCCGCUGCCCGCCGGGCCGGCCUCCUCCUCCUCCUCCUCCUCCUCCGCCUCGGCCUCCCCGUCCCCGCCGCUGGGCUCCCCCAACCCGGCCGGCCUCAAGCCGCCGGCCCUGGCCAGCCCCCCGCAGCAGCUCUCGGCCGCCACCCCGCACGGCAUCAACGACAUCCUGAGCCGGCCCUCCGUGCCCCUGGCCGGGGCCGCCCUGGCCUCCGCGUCGCCCUCCGGCUCCUCCUCGUCCCCCGCCGGCCUCCUGGCCGGCCUGCCCCGCUUCAGCAGCCUCAGCCCCCCGCCGCCGCCCCCCGGGCUCUACUUCAGCCCCAGCGCCGCCGCCGUGGCCGUGGGCCGCUACCCCAAGCCCCUGGCCGAGCUGCCCGGCAGGACCCCGAUCUUCUGGCCCGGGGUGAUGCAGAGUCCGCCCUGGAGAGACGCGCGCCUCGCCUGCACCCCCCAUCAAGGUUCAAUUUUGCUGGAUAAAGACGGAAAGAGAAAACAUACAAGACCCACUUUUUCUGGCCAGCAGAUUUUCGCCCUGGAAAAGACUUUUGAGCAGACCAAAUAUUUAGCAGGACCAGAGAGAGCCAGGCUAGCCUAUUCACUGGGGAUGACAGAGAGUCAAGUCAAGGUUUGGUUCCAGAACCGGCGCACCAAGUGGCGGAAGAAGCAUGCGGCCGAGAUGGCCACGGCUAAGAAGAAGCAGGACUCGGAGACCGAGAGGCUGAAGGGGGCCUCGGAGAACGAGGAGGAGGACGAUGACUACAACAAGCCUCUGGAUCCAAACUCGGACGACGAGAAGAUCACCCAGCUGCUGAAGAAACACAAGUCGAGCAGCAGCAGCUUGCUCCUGCACACCUCUGAGAACGAGAGCUCCUCUUAAAGGGGUUUCAGAGGAGGGGGCCGGGGCCCAGGCGGACGCCGGAGGACACUUGCUAUUUUCUGAGAUGUUGUACAUAUCUAUUUUUCUAGACUUUAUCAGCUGCCGGGGAGGAAAGAGGCAGAAAAAGACGGCGAGUAAACAAACAUCCAAACCCAGCGCCCUCCUGCUCCUCUGGCCUGGCCCUUGGCCGCUGGUGCUGUUGUUGUAGGGUCGCAGGGGGGGCUGUCUGGUGGUGCUGUUGUUGUAGGGUCGCAGGGGAGCUGAGUGCUCCCUCUUCUUUUGCAGACUCCAGGGCAGCUGAGGGGGAAAGGAGGGACCUACUUCCACCCACACAGCUCCUGCUGGGCGGACUAAAGCAACCUGUUGAAGGCUCUUUGUAAAUAAAUCGUGAGUCACACUGACUAUAGAAGUUACUUUACUGUGAAUAUUUAAAAUGUAAAAUACUUUUUUUUUUUAAUAGAAAGGGUUGGGUUGGGUCCUACCCACCACCACCUCCACUCCCUUGUCUGGCUUUUUAAAGAUCUGUUCUUUUGAAUAGUGAAUUGUGGAAUAUAAAUGCUGGGAUUAGUUUGUGGUCACUUCCCCCACCUUCGCUGCUUAUUCUGAACUUUCUCCUGCAAAUCUUGAUUCCCUUCUAAUUUGAACUGAGGCCCUCCAUUAAGGCAUCUAUUAAGAGAUUUGAAGCAAACAGUCUACAGAUGUUUUGCCAAGUAUGAGGAAGUCUUUGCUGGAACAUCCCCUCCCAUUCUGAAAUUGCACCCGCCAUGAAUGCUAUUUAUUAGUAUUUUUAAAAAUACUAUUUUUGGACGGUGGCGGUGGGGCAAAUUUAAAUAGUUUCCUUUAAUUUAACCCAUUUCCAAUAAAAUGCGUGUUAAAAGUAGCUGGUGGGAAUUGUUACAACCACUUUCAGUCGAAAAUAUAAAAAAAAUCAUUUAGAUGCUGUAAUUGAAUUUAAAGUGUGUUUUCUUUUGUAUUAUAAAGAAUACUAUAGAAUGUAAAUUGUUUUCUUUUUAAAGCUAAUAAGGAUGAUAUAUUAGCAUCUUAACAUUUAUUAAUUAAUUUAUAUUAAAAUAAUUCGGUUUGUAAAGAGAAGAGCCCUUUGCAAGACCAGUUAAAUGUAAUGCACUUUCUGUUAAAAAAAAAAAAAAAGAUAAAUCAAUUAAAACCAAUUUAAAGACGUUUGUUGCCUCGACUAAAGGGUACAGAUAAUCUGAUCUCAUCAGAGAUUAAAUAAUAAAACUGACGGUACG